AGCCCAGUGAAAGAGGGUUUUAGGUGCAUAUCUCCCUCUCGUAUAAAAUUUUCUUAUCUUGUUCUAAUUGAGAAAAAUCAAAUACAACUUCCCGGCACUCAAAUUCAAGUGCUAGUCUCCUCCAUAUGAAUUGAUGGCGCUUCUUCUGAAGCCUAGCUCUCUGUAUACUAGUAUCCUCAGAUCUCGUUUAAUGGCUGUCUCUGCCUCUCGUAUCUUCUCUGUCUGUUCCUCCUUUUCUCCUUCCCCUGUUCUUCUCACUUCCAGGGUGACUUUUCCGCCAAUAGCAGUGUCUGGAAGUGUUUUUGUCCGAAAUGCAGAGACUAGGAGGACUUUUAUGUCAUCCAGAGUUGCAAUGGAUGCAGUUAAGGAAAGUGCUAGCUCAAAGGCUUAUGGUUCUGAGCAGAUUCAGGUUUUAGAAGGUUUAGACCCGGUCAGAAAAAGGCCAGGAAUGUACAUUGGGAGCACUGGGCCUCGUGGUUUGCACCAUCUGGUUUAUGAAAUACUGGAUAAUGCUGUUGAUGAAGCACAAGCGGGAUUUGCUUCAAAGGUAGACGUCAUUUUACGUGCUGAUAAUUCCGUGAGCAUCACAGAUAAUGGACGUGGGAUUCCUAUUGACAUUCAUCCUGUCACAAAGAAGUCUUCUUUAGAGACAGUUUUGACGGUCUUGCAUGCUGGUGGCAAAUUUGGUGGUUCAAGUAGCGGUUACAGUGUUUCUGGUGGAUUGCAUGGUGUUGGCUUAUCUGUUGUCAAUGCAUUGUCUGAGGCACUAGAAGUUACUGUAGCACGUGAUGGAUGGCUAUAUAAACAGACAUAUUCUCGUGGGAAGCCCAUCACAAAUCUAAUAGCCGAUGAGCUUCCAGCCGAUAAAAAAGAUUUAAAAGGGACUACCAUACAUUUUUGGCCGGAUAAAGAAGUAUUUACUGAAAUUCAAUUUGACUACAAUACUAUAGCGGGAAGAAUCAGGGAACUAGCUUUUCUAAACCCGGAGUUGACGAUCACUCUCCUAAAAGAGGAUGUAGAUGUUGAGAAGAACCAACAUCACACAUACUGUUAUGCAGGAGGGUUAGUUGAGUAUGUGAGAUGGCUAAAUACUGAUAAGAAUCCACUUCAUGACAUCCUGGGUUUCAGAAAAGCAGCAGAUGGAAUCUCAAUCGAUGUAGCUCUGCAGUGGUGUUCAGAUGCAUACUCAGAUACAUUGCUGGGAUAUGCUAACAGCAUUAGGACGGUUGAUGGAGGUACCCACAUUGAUGGUGUCAAAGCAUCACUAACAAGAACUUUAAACAAUCUGGGAAAAAAGUCAAAGAUAAUAAAGGAGAAAGAUAUUAGUUUAAGUGGUGAGCAUGUCAGAGAAGGGUUAACAUGUGUGAUCUCAGUCAAAGUCCCAAAUCCAGAAUUUGAAGGACAAACAAAGACAAGGUUGGGAAAUCCGGAAGUGCGGAAGUUGGUCGACCAAUUUAUUCAGGAAUAUCUUACUGAAUACUUGGAGUUGCAUCCAGAUGUACUGGAUUCAAUCCUUUCGAAGUCUCUUAACGCUCUUAAGGCAGCUCUAGCGGCUAAGAGAGCAAGGGAAUUAGUGAGGCAAAAGAGUGUUUUGAGAUCUUCAUCUCUUCCUGGAAAGCUUGCUGAUUGUUCUUCCACAAACCCUGAAGACUCUGAGAUUUUCAUAGUUGAAGGAGAUUCAGCUGGUGGAAGUACAAAGCAAGGCCGUGAUAGGCGCUUUCAGGCUGUUCUUCCUUUAAGAGGUAAGAUUUUAAAUGUUGAAAGAAGAGAUGAGGCAGCAAUGUACAAGAACGAGGAGAUUCAAAAUCUUAUCCUUGGUCUGGGACUUGGAGUGAAGGGGGAGGAUUUUAACAAGGAGGCCCUGCGGUAUCAUAAGAUCAUAAUCUUAACAGAUGCUGACGUUGAUGGAGCUCACAUUCGAACAUUGUUGCUAACCUUCUUUUACAGAUACCAGAGGGCUUUAUUUGAUGGAGGCUACAUUUAUGUUGGUGUUCCACCCCUAUACAAGGUUGAAAGAGGGAAGCAAGCAUUUUAUUGCUACAGUGAAGCGGAACUUGUAAAACUUCAGAGUGAAUUCCCUUCAAAUGCAUCAUACAACAUUCAGAGGUUUAAAGGUUUGGGUGAGAUGAUGCCUUUACAACUAUGGGAAACAACUCUAAAUCCAGAGACAAGACUGCUAAAACAACUGGUGGUUGACGAUGCAGCUGAAGCCAAUGUUGUCUUCUCCUCACUCAUGGGUUCUCGGGUGGAUGUCCGAAAGCAACUUAUAAAGGAUGCUGCAAGUGUGAUGAACUUCAAACAACUAGAUAUAUGAAUGCAGGAUGCAGCUGGAAGCAAAUGUAUACAUUCAUAUGUAGAGGAUGUUCUUUGUACAGGGUAUUGACCAUGAAUGUACCCCCAAUAGAAGCUCUCCAAUGGUAAGCAGAAGGUUUUUGGUUCGACUUGCCUUUACUGCUACCAAGUUGGGCAUUGAUGCCAUUCGGGGAUGGGGUUUAUUUAUUAUGCUCAGUGAUGUUCUUCGCUUAUCACAAAAUUGUUAUAUGAUGGAUUUUCACUUGUCAUCGGGGUGGUUUAGUUGGUGUUACAGGUAGAUUUCAAUUGAUUCCUUAGGGCGGUUUAGUUGGUGAAUGCCACAAUGUUGGUCUGUAUCAAUAGAAAAAACUUGAACGAACUCUAAUAGAUGAAUAGCUUUAUAUAUAACCACCCCUUUCUUCACUUUUUCACAA